UCUAUAACAAAUAUAAUAUAGAUAUAGAUAUCUGACGUCAUGGUCAUCCAUCAUUCAUUUCCUAAAUUCCCUUAUAAAUUCAAUAUCCCAACAUCCGAAUCGAAGUAGAAACUAUAGCAUCUCAAGAUCAAUAACGUGUGCUUAGUAAUCAAUAAUUUCCCUAUUCUAAUUAGUAUAUCAAAUGUAGAUAAAUAAUAUGGUUAAACAUACAAAAAGCUCGACAUGGGAGAGUUCAACCAGUCAUAUCAAAGCAGAUGUGAUCAUACUUGGCUGUAGUCUGCCUGGGUUUGUUACUGCGCAUAAACUAAAGAAGCGAUUCGGUGAUACUGUGGAUAUAGUAGUUCUGGACUUAACUGGCAAAGAGAUUGAAUCUAAGUGCAAUGUCGCCUUCCAGGAAGAACAGGAAGAAAGAGGGGAAUAUAUACAUAAAGGCACAGCUAAAGAACUAAUAGAGAGCAUUGGAAAGCACUAUAUAGCUGUCUACGCAAAGGAAUUUAAUGUCCCUAUUCCAGAUGCAGUAAUCUCCCCAGAAAAAUUAAAGACAAGCUUAAACAAAUUGUUUGAAUACAAAACAGGCGAUACUGUAGAAUGUACACAGGAUUACCACGAUUUCGACUAUCUCAACAUUCUGGAGAAGUUUGAAUUGAACCAGUAUCAAACAUUACUAGACCAAUAUAUGAAAGAUCUUUUUCAAGCACAUGCUAUUGACAAUGCAUACGAACGAAAACAACUAAUGUACUUCGAUCAAACAACAAUGGAAAAACAUUUAAGUUACGCAUUAAUAUUUGCGAACUCAAAAGAUAUUAUGAGAAAUAUAGUAAAUAUAGUCUGUGGUGCACCAGCAACCAUAGUAUCUGUUCUUUUCUAUUUACACCAGUGCUAUAGGACAAGUGGUACGAGAAAUCAUUUAGACGGCAACAACACUAGGCUUCGUGAAAAGCUUUUAGGUCACUGUAGAAAACGUAUUGCUAGCAAACUACAGAAAAGCGUCGCUGAUAUUACCGUGUCAGCGAAAUCUAUUAACAGAAUAAGCUCAUACUCAAAUGAACAGGUUAUAUUAAGAAGUUUGAAAGGAGAUACAAAUUAUGUUUGCAGUUUGUUGGCAAUGGCGAUGAAACCUGAUGAACUGCUUAACAUUGAGGUUGAAGCACAACUGCUUUACGACAAUGAACUAUCUAUAACUGCUGCUAUGAAAAAAGGUAGAGCAAAAAAGUUUCUAAUUCAAUACGAGGAAAGUUUUUGGCAUCGUUUUGGUUACAGCGGUGAUAUAUUAAGCGUUAAAGGACCUAUUAUUUGGGCUACAGAGCGUCCACAAAUGUCUGCAACUGGUAGUUUAGAGAAAUAUGCUGCUUUGAUUGGUUAUUUGAAGGUUAAAGAUGAUGAAGAUUCAAGAGAGGCGGUUAUAAAACAAUUAGUAAGACUUUUUGGUGAUGAAGCAGCGACACCUGUUAGUUAUAAAGAAACUGAUAUAGCUGAUGUAUACGUUCCAAAAUGUGGGGAUUUUAUAGGCUUGCGACGUCUAACAGGUAGACCAAAUCCUAAAUAUCUUGAAUGGGGUGCUUUAGAUAUUUUUGCUGAUGGAGACGUAGCGGCAGCAUUAGAAGCUGGUCACACAGCUUAUCUCCAUUUAAUAAGCUGCUUACGGCCACAAGCUAUCACUUACGAGGAUAUAAUUGCAGCUGAAUGGCCGACUAUUUUAAAUGAGGAUCCUUUGAGCAAAUGGCUUGCGCAAUUAACAAUAACAAGCAGCAUGCGGGCAAUGGCAUGUGCAGCUGCAGCUUAUGUUGGUAUCCGAUUAAUACAGUAUUACAUGCGGAAAUGAAAAAAUUAAAUUGAUCCCAGUAGAGGCAAAUGCGUGUAGUGAAUUUCAGUAAGAACUGCUUAUAGACUCCAACAUUAAUUCCACUUUUGUUACAAUUUUUGAAAAUGUGUUUGUUCAAGAACUCUCAAUUUUUUAAUGCAUACUUUAUAUGGUUUUUAUUGAUCUUGUUUUGAUAUUCAAUGACUGUAAUAUUUUUUUCAAUUAAAAAAUGACACUAAUAACUUU